AUGCCAACGAAUGGGAUCCACCAGGUCCUGAAGAUCCAGUUUGGGUUGAUCAACUGCGAGAGCCGGUACCUGACGGCCGAGAGUUUCGGCUACAAGGUGAACGCCUCGGCCCCCAGCCUGAAGCGUAAGCAGAUCUGGACGUUGGAGCAGGAUGAAGCCGACAGCUCCGUCGUCUUCCUCAAGAGCCACCUGGGCCGAUAUUUGGGAGCCGAUAAAGACGGGAAGGUGCGUUGCGAAGCGGAGCAGCCCGGCCGGGAUGAAGGCUUCAGCAUCAUCACCCAGUCGGACGGGCGUUGGGCGCUGCAGUCGGCCCCCCACCGGCGUUUUUUCGGGGGGCGGGAGGAUCGCCUCUCCUGCUUCGCCCCCAGCGUGACGGAGGGCGAGCUCUGGACCGUGCACUUGGCCAUGCACCCCCAGGCCAACCUGCUGAGCGUCAGCCGCCGCCGCUACGCCCACCUCAGCCCCCAGGAAGACGAAAUCGCCACCGACAGCAACCUGCCCUGGGGGGUGGACGCCCUCAUCACCCUCUGCUUCCAGGACAAGAAGUACAGCCUGCGCACGGCCGACGAGCGCUACCUGCGCUGCGAUGGCACCCUGGUGCCCCAGCCCGGCGACCGCACCGGCUACACCUUGGAGUUCAAAGCCGGCAAAUUGGCUUUUAAAGACUGCGAUGGCAAAUAUCUGGCCCCCACCGGCCCCACCGGCACCCUCAAAUCCGGCCGGAGCUCCAAACCGGGCAAAGAUGAACUCUUCGACCUAGAGGAGAGUCACCCCCAGGUGGUCUUCACGGCGGCCAACGGCAGAUACGUCUCCAUCCGGCAGGCCAACCGCUCCGUCUACGACGUCUUCCACAUCAGCUUCAGCGACGGCGCCUACCAGAUCCGAGGCCAAGGGGGCAAGUUCUGGUACGUGGCGAGCAGCGGGUCGGUGUGCAGCGACGGGGAGCUCUCCGAGGAUUUCUUCUUCGAGUUCCGGGAGCGGGGCCGCGUGGCCAUCAAAGCCAAGAACGGGCGGUACCUGCGGGGGGACCCGGCGGGCACCCUGCGCGCCGACAGCGACUCCGUGCUGCGGGCC